GGAGGGUGGUGGUUUGGUGGCGAUGGGAAGGGUGCAAGGAUCGACUGACUGAAGCUGAUCUGGCGAGUGGCCCGUGCAGCCGACAGUCCCCAUGAGUUCGCCGGGGGUCGAGGUCAAGCUGGAGGCUGUGAUCCAGAAACUCGAAGAGACUGUCCUGAAUCCAGAGGUGCCCGAAGAGGACAAAAGUCUGACGGUGUGUGGUGAGGUGCAGGACUCUGUCCCAACUCCAGUCACUGCUCGAAUCCGAGAGAUUAUUACCAAGAAUCUAUCCGAGGAAAGCAUGGAAGUUCAACAAGGCAUGAGUUCAGUGACCAGUCUUCAGAGAGAGAACUAUCUGCUGAAGGAGGAGCUAUCUCGCAUGGAAGACCAAUUGGCACAGAGCCAUGCCGAGCACGAUGAGCUGGUUAUCAAGUUCCGCGCAGUCAACGAGCGACUGGAGAAAUGCCUCAAGUUUGAAGUGUCUGAAAGAGAACAAGAGGCGGCUGAGUCAAAAGCUGUGUUAGAUCUCUGUCGCAAGUUUGACGAUGAAGAGAGGGCAUACAGGAGAAAGAUUCAAGCCUAUCAAGAUGGACAGCAGCGCCAGGCUCAACUCGUGCAAAAGCUCCAGGCUAAGGUUUUGCAGUAUAAGAAGCGGUGUGGUGAGCUGGAACAGGAGAUCAUCGAGAAAGCCUCUGAGUCGGAGCAACAGAAAGUGUCAUUACAGACACGCUUGGAGACAACAGAAUCCCAAUUGAGGAGGACGGAAUAUGAGCACAAUGCUGAACUGGAAAGCACUCUCAUUCGACUGGAAGAAGAGCAGCAAAGAGGCAGCAGCCUUUCCCAAGUCAACACCAUGCUGCGGGAACAACUGGAACAGGCCAAUGCAGCCAAUCAGAGACUCAGUGAGGACAUCCACAAGAUCACAGCUGACUUUGGCAAGGCUAGGAAUGAACUGGAGCAUAAAGGAAUGAAGCAGCAAUGGGGGCAGGAGAUGCAUGGCUCCCGUCUGACUGGCAGCCACGGCAAGCUGUUGACUCUGUGGAGGCAGGUGGCUGGGGUGCGCAGUGACCUCACAGAUCUGAAGAGUGGGAUGGAGCAAAAUCUUAUGGAGCUAAAUGCUGAUAUCGUCCAAACAACUCAACGUCUACAGUCUGCAUGCCUGAAACUAGACUCCAACUUGCAUCUGCCUCAGAGCAGUGCCACUUCGGCACUGGAGAAGUACACCGUGCAAAAUAGCCGACUCGAACAGCAGCUCCGCAGCAAGGUCAAAGAGAUGAUUCAAAUGCAGAGCAAGUGCGAUGUGGAAAAAGCAGAACUUCAUGCAAGGAUUAAUGAGUUAUCUGUUGCAUUGGAGAGACUCAAAAUACAGAAUGCAGAGAAGGAGCGAACUAUCACCUCACUCAACCGUACCCUGGAGAAGUUGGAAUCGGGUACAAUUGAAGUUACAAGUGAAUCCCAGGAGAAUGAAGCCCUCAGGACUGAGAUAGAAUCCUUACAUCAAACCUUACACAACAUUGCUCAGGUUGCAAUUCUUGAUGCGGACAUGGCGAGCUCUCUGUCUAGGGAAGCAGUGUCUGAAGAGACUGAGGCUGAUUCUGGCAGAGUGGGACCAACCUCUGUCCGUACAUCUUCUCCGUGGAGGCACAGGUCACCCACCCACUCCCGAUCCACGCUUCGCAACCUCUCCCCGUCUGCUGGCGACUCCACGUUGUCCGCAGUCCAGACGGCACUGCAAAGGCGGCAGCUGCAGGUUCAGGAGCUUCAUGGUAGAGUGGAGGCUGUUCAGGAUGUGGUCAUCUCUUUGAAGAAACAGCUCGGAGAGGCUGAGAGUGAGCGGAGGCAGUUGGAGCAGAACCUGGAGAAGUUGAAAGGUGAAGCUGAAGACUCAAACCGAGCCAAGGAAGAUGCCAAGAGGGAUGCAGGCCGCUACCGAUCCUCGCUGGAGAUCCUGGGAAGUGAGAAGGCGGAUUUAGAGAAGGUGGUGCACUCUUUGAACCAGCAGAUCGACAGCUUACACUUGGACCUGGAGCACCAGAGAGCCGCAAAUGCUGAUUUAAAGCGGCAGCGCGAUCAUGUCGAAGACAAGAAGGAAGAGACACAGAGAGACUAUGAGCAAGCCAAGAAAGAGGCUGAAAGAGGACAGAAGUCAUUAGAGCUUAUGGAAGUGAGGAACUCAACUCUAAGGAAGGACUUAGUGACUAUGAAGGAAGCUUUGAACAAAGCUAUAUUGGAGAAGGAGGUGCUGCAGAAUGAGAAAGGAGGCCUGAUUGAGGCUCUCACCAAGGCCGAGUUGAAUAGUGCAGACCUUGAGUUGUCCUUAAACAAGCUGAAGACUGAGAAAGACACCCUGCGAGAUUCUCUUGCCAAGAUGACUGCACUUAGUGAAGGUUUGGCUCAGGAUAAGGUUGAAUUGAAUCGCGUUCUCCUCCAGAUGGAAGAUGAUAGAACAGUUCUGCAAGGACAGAAGAAAGAGAUUGAGAAGGCAAAGGCUAGUAUCCAGGAUGUGUUGGUCCGCAUCAAGCAGGAGAAGAUGAACCUGGACACGGAGAAAUGUGGAUUAGACCAGUCUCUGCAGAUUGUGGAGGCAAGCCAGGAACAGCUGGAACAUGAUAUAGUGGUUCUCCAAAGGGCCAGGGAUCAACUGCAAGAUCAGCUUGGGCAGGCGAAUCGGCAGAAGCAGACCCUGAGUGAGCAGCUGGCUCAAGCGCAGCGAGAUGGGGAACUGCAGAGUGCAGGACUCCUCCGGGCCAGCAAGGAGAAGGAGGAGAUGAUGAAGGAGAAAGCCAGCUUGGUGGUGCAGCUGACUGCUGCUGAGAGGGAGAGCAGAGCACUGUCGGAAGAGAUAGCUGCCCUCAGGGCAGAUAAGGAAGCUCUAGAGACCAAUCUUUUCGAGGCUCAGCAGCUCAUUGUGCAGCUUGAGACCUUCAAGGAGCAGCUCGAAGGAGAGAACCAAUCCAUUUUAUUUGCUAAGGAGUCACUCCUGGCUGAGGUUGACCUUGUUCGUAAAGAGAUGGACUUACAGCUAAUCAAUGUCAACCGAGAGAAGGAGAUGUUACAAGAAAAACUGGGUCAGGUGGAGAAGGAGAGCCACAUCUCACUGAAAAAUGAGCAACAACUCCACGAAGAGGAUGUUGAAAGACUUCAGAAAGAGAAGGAAUGGCUGCGCAUUGAGCUGACAGCGGAGAAAGCUGAGGCUGUUCAGCACCUUCAACAGGAGCGUGAAGAACUAAUCAGUCACUUUGAAGAGGAGAAGGAGGAGCUGAAUGAAGAAAUUCUCACUUUACAAAAAGAAAGGGAUGAGAGACUGAUCCAGGCAGAGAGCAUAAAGCAGCAGGCUUUGUAUCUUAAAGAGUCAGAGAAAAAUAUCCUGUCUGAAAAACUCAGCCAUACUCAACGAGAGCUUGGUAAUUCAACCAUCGAGAUUGAUCGAUUGAAGCGAGAAAUGCAGACUCAACAGGAGCAGGACAAGGAUACCAUUAACACCAUUAAUACUGACCUUAAGGACCUCCAGAGCCGGUUUGAGGAAGCAGUGGCCGCACAUGAACGAGAAGUCAAACAUCUUAACGAGCAGCUGAAAGAUUUAACCCGUCAGAGAGAGGUGUCUCACAGAGAGGUGGAGGAGCUGAAGACACAACUCCGCCUGGUGGAGGAUGUUCGAGAUGGAAUUCGGCGAGACCUUAUCGAAGCUCACAGGAAGGUGCGAGAGAAUAAGGAGGCUCAGGAGCUGCAAAGGAAAGAGAACCUAGAGCUCAAGCGUGUUCUAAAUGAUGAAGCGCGGGAGAAGGAGGCCAUCCAGAAGUCCAAUGAGGAACUUAGGAAUAACAUCAAAAAGGUUGAGAGUGAGAGGAUCAGCUUAAAUAGAACAAAUGAGGAGAAGGAGCAGAAGAUGAAAAUCGUUGAAGACGCCAAAACCACGGCUCAGAAUGAGGCAGCAGAACUGCGUGCAAACCUCCGGGACGUGGAAAAAUCCAGACUGGAUGCUCGGAGAGAAUUGCAAGAACUUCGACGUCAGGUAAAGAUGUUGGACAAUGAGAAUGCGAAAAAGAGCAAGGAAGUGGCAGAGCUGCAGUCCUGCAUAGCAUUGGAGGAACAGCGCAGUGAGAAGUGCAGGAGGGAAUCUCUUGACCUGAAGCAGAAGAUUACGGAGGCAGAAGUAAACCGUGAAUCAGCUCGCAAAGAGAUUGCUGUUCUUCAAAAGAAGAUAGUGGAUAUAGAAAAUAAGUUUCAUGGACGUGAGAAAGAACUUCUUGAACAGUUGGAGAACUGCCAGUUGAAUGAGAAGAAGUUCCGAGAUAACAAACACGGCCUGGAAAAGAAGCUGCAGCAAGCCCAGGAGGAAGCAGAUAAGCUGAUGCUGAAGAUCUGUGCCAUGGAAGGCCGCAUCACUGGUCUUGAAGCUGAACUGUCUAAAGUGGAGGCUGCCAAGAGGGAUAUAGAGUUUCAGUUAGAUAGCUUGCACUCCACUCUGAGGAGAACCUUGGGAAUUGGACGGUCUGGCCGUAGUCCAUCACCGCGGAGACCUCUCUCUCCCACCAAAGGAUUUGACAGUACCUUCGUUGCCACCACCAAUGGACGGGACAGCCCAGUCCUACAAGCGGGAUCCCCCGGUCACAGCCAUUCCAGCUCACCUUACCGCUCGGUGUCACCUGUCCGAGGUAGGCAGUACGCAGCGAACAUCGACCCAGAGGUGGUUAAAGGUGCUCUGCAAGACUUCCUGCAGGAACUUCGUGGCGCACAAAGGCGAAAGGAUGAGGCUCAUACUCAGCUGGUAAAACUGACUCAGAAGCUGUCACAAAUGGAAACUGAGCGAGACCGAACAAAUGGACACAUUCAACAGCUCCAGAAAUCCCUGACCGAGGCAGAGGAAGGGAAGCGUGGAUUGGAAGGACGGUUGAGCAAUGCUCAGACUGCGCUGGUGCUGCAAGAAGAGACCAAUAAACGCGCAGAGAGAGAGAAGAAGGCCCUAGCUGAGCGGGUAGCCACUUUGGAGCAGAGUCUUCAGUCAUCUGAAGGGGAGAGGCAGGCUCACCAGGAGAAGAUCAAUAGGAUGAAAGUAAAUGAAGCAAAGCUGGAGGCCGACAGGCGUAAGUUGAAAGAAGCAAUGGAGGCAUCUGAGAGCCGUGUCACCAAGCUGGAGCUGAUCCGCUGCUCCCUCGAGGGGGAGCUGCAGCGAGUGCAGCUGACCCUGAAUGACCACGAAACUGAGGCACAGGUCCUCCAGGACCGAAUCAAGAUGCUUCAGCGGCAGGUGGCUGACAGUGAGACAAAGGCCGCUGCCCUCCAGCUCUCUGUGGAUCGUCUGUCAAUGAUGCUGACUAAGACAGAAGAAAGCGAGAACAAUCUGAAGGACAAAGUACAGAGUUUGUCGUCGACUCUUUCAGACACAAGUGCUGGCAGUACGUUACUGCAGGACAGGAUUUCCCAGCUCCAGAAAGCCCUAACCUCCAGUGAACAAGACCGACGAGUACUUCAAGAACGACUAGACACUAUCUGUCAGGGUCUUGCAGACACCAAGAAGAAGAACAAUGCCCUGGUUGAGCGUGUGCAGUCCAUGCAGAAAUCGCAGGGGAAUCUAGAGCUGAGGAACUUGGAGACGGAAGGACAGAAUCGCAAGCUGCAGGAGAUGUUGCAGCAGAGACAGGAGAGUGAGCAGGAGGUGCUGAAGUUCAUCGAGAAGCUUCAACAAGAAAAGCACACUUCCCAGGAGCGAGUAGCCAGCUUGCAGAGGGUUGUUGCACAGCUAGAGAAUGAGAAACGAGAACUACAACGUUCGAAGGUGUGCCUUGAGAAAGACCAAUCGGCCCUCAGGAGAACACUUGAUAGGAUUGAACGGGACAGACUGAGAUCUGAAGAAGAUGUCUUGCGGCUGUCAGCGGAGAAAGGACAGUUGGAUCAGUCACUCAGUGGUGCAGAAAUGGAUCUCGCAGAAACGCAAAGGCAGAUUCAGCAGCUGCAGGGACUGACAGCUGAAAUGGAGCAAAGCCGCAGCCAGAGACUAACGGAGCUGACUACCCGCCACCAUCGGGAGCUGGAGAAGGAGACCAAGCGCCUGAGGAUUGCUAAUCAGCAGGCUGAGAGAGUACUGGAGGCCAAGGAACGAGCCCAUAGAAAACGCGUGAAAGAACUUGAAGAACAGGUAGCUAUCUUGCAGGAGCAGUUGGACCAAGAGAUGAGGAAAAGACAAGUCUAUAUUUCACGAAUGCUUAAAUCAGGAAAGUAGCUGGGAAGCAAAUCAAGUUCCAUCCAAUGGAAACUGGGGAAUAAUCUUGAAUAUUCAAGGCAAAGUCAUUCAAUGGAUGAAUGUUCAACUGAAUGGUCACAUUUAUAUGGCCCUCAUCUUGAAAAAAACAGCUCUUGAAACCUUUUGCUUGAACUGCAAAUCACAGAAUAUGUAUAGGGCAGUUCCUCACACUGAUUUGUGGGCAGAGUUCAUAAGGUCUUUCUGACAUCCUCUUUCUGAUUGGACAUCUGGCCUACAAAAACCAAUGAGGAUUCUGACCCCACAGCUACAGCAGACAUUCCUGCGCCUUCUCACAUCUAAUUUCAAUACUGUGAAAAGACUGAUCUUUUGAAUCUUCCACAGUGGGGAAUCUCUGUGAAACCUUCCUAACAACCACUGACCUCAGUCUCUGUCGAGACAGAGUCUGUUUACAUUCUUGACGUGGCAUUUUCCAGCUGGUAACUGUAUUCACUUGUCCUGUUUGCUCACUUAAGUAUCCAUAGCUCUGCUUCUGAAAUUCAAAGACUAACAUUCCCAGGGAAGUACAUGAAACAUUCUUAACCAUUGCACAAGCCUUCUGUUUGCUACCAUGCUCUUCUGGUUUCAUGGAUGAAGUUUCUCUCUGUGACCCAGAACAGUUCCAUUGGACGCUACCUGACUGGACCAAGAGUCAUGGGCUUCAUUGAAAUCAUGGUGAGAAGUGGGCAUUCUGCACCUUUAGCUGAUGCUCUGCUAAACCCUAGAAUCCCACAGCUCAGAGAGGAAUGGUGGAUCAGUGUGAAAUCAUAGACCCCUGUAAUAACACCAGUCAAAAAGAAACACAUUAGCCCUACCUUGUGAUUACAAGUGUUCCUACAUUGUACUGGGAUAGCCUAGCAGGGAAGGAGACCCAAAGUUUGGCAAAAUCUGCAGAGCUGUUCCUUGGCAUAAUGUUAACCUUGUUCCUGUUAGCUGGUGUUGAAAUGACAGUAUAAUUUAAAUUUUGCAUUAUAGAUGAAAGUUCUAUUGAUUCCAACUGCUGGUCAGUCACUAACUUCAGGGCAAACAAAAUCAGGUUCAGGUGCGAGCAACCCUGCCUUCCCCUUCCCUACUCCUCUGCUUCACUCUCUGCUCCCUCCAUCAAAUAGCUUAGCAACAGCAAGAGCAACUAUAGAAGGCAAAAUACAGUGUAAACUGGGUGAUGACAGGUCAAAGCUGAUUUUUCUUUCCAUGUGCUUAAUCUCAGGGCAGUUUUGCACAUAGCUCAUUUUACAAUCUGUUCAACAUCCAAAAGGCCAAGUGUUUAUGUGUGUACAAUUCACAGCAAAAGGGUACUGAGAAUAGUCAUUAGUGGCAACGUUACAGCCAGUAGGCACUGAACAGCACAGUUUCCUUCCCUGCACUGCUGAGGAUCAGUAACUUACAUGGAGCUUCUGUCUGUACUUAAAUUGGCAGCCAGGAUGGUGCAAUACAUCAGCUAGGGAUAACACUCCAGAACUUUAGAACAUAGAACAGUACUGCACAGUACACAGCCUACAGUGUUGUGACAACCUUUUAACAUAAUCCAAGAUUAAUUUAACCCUUCCAUCCCACAUUGCCCUCGAUUCAUCCUUCAUCCAUGUGCCUAUAAGAGUCUCUGAAAUGUCUCUAAUUUACCUGCUUCUACCACCACCUCUGGCAGUGUGCUCCAUGCACCUACCACACUCUGUGUAGAAAGAAACUCCCUCUGACGUCCUCUUCUACUUCCUUCCAAUCCCCUUAAAAUUAUGUCCUCUCUCAUUAGCCAUUGUCCGCUUAGGAAAAACAUACAGAUUAUUCACUCUAUCUAUGCCACUUAUACAUCUCUAUCAAUUACCUCUCACCUCCUUCAUUCCAAAGAGGAGCCUCUAGGCUUGCUCAUUCUUUCCUCAUAAGACAUGCUCUUUGAUCCAGGCAGUAUCCUGCUUAAUCUCCUCUGCACCCUCUCUAAACUUCUAAACCUUUCCUCUAAUGAGAUGACCAGAACUGAACUUUACCAUGGGAGUUAAGGAAUGAACCGCAUUAAUUGUAAAUAAUGCUGCAAAUGCACAGCUGGACAUCCAGCAUCCAUGGGGAUAGAAACAGAGUUAGUGUUUCAGGUAGAGCACCAUAUUCUCUAAGAAUUCACUUGAGAAACCCUCAAUCAAAGACCUGACAAUUAAGCCAUAUUAAUCCAAGAAUGGAUUCUAACAUCAAACUGUACAUUGACAAUGGAGGGCUAUUUAGAAGAUGUCAUGUCAUAUUCCCUAGUAAAAUACAGGAAAAAAUAAAUCAGUUGUUAACAGAUAACAUUGAAUUGAUUCUUCAGUCUAAACAAAAAAAAAAAUCACAUCCAAUAGCCACAACCAUGUGAUCCAACAAUCACAUCCAUGCUAGCAAUGUUAAAACAGAUUGAUGGUUAUCAUCCAAGAUAAGGGUUUCAUGUUUCCACACGUCUAGUUGGUGUGGUUCUCCAUUGUUAAGUAUGCAAGGUUUUUACUUUCCUUGAUAUCUACCACUGUGUUGCAUUUAAUAGUUAUCUCUGACCAUGUUAGUGUCAUUGCAUCUUUAUUUCCUCCUGGAACAAAGAGCUGUUAAAGUUGAAAUCCAGCAUUGCCUAAUCAUGAUAUCUGAUUUUACAUACAAAUUGCUGGAGGAAUUCUAUGGAGAGGAAUAAAGAGUCAACUUUUCGGGCUAAGACCCUUCCUCUCUAUAGAUGCUGCCUGACCUGCUGAGUUCCUCUAGCAUUUUAUGUGUGUCAUUCUGGAUUUCCAGCAUCUGCUGAAAGUCUUGUGUUUUUGGACUUAGCUCUUCCCACUCUUUCCAACCUCGCUCUUAAUGAAAGCAGUCCUAGUGCCAAUGUACCACAAAUGAUGCUAGAUCUCCAUCAAGGUCCCACUAAGCUGUCUUGUAGAACUGGAGUCAUUCCUUGAUGAAGUGACAGUCCAAUUUGGCCUAAUUAACUAGCCAAUCUGUCAGUUCAUUGCCGGACAUUGCUUUUGAUGCAUGAACUCCCUAGAACCUUUAACUCUAUGCAACAAAAUGGGGGUGGAUAUUUGCAUACUGAAAAACAAAAGGUUCAAAUUAUGUAUGCAGUAUACAACUCUUGAGAUUCUUCUUCUCCAGAGAGCCAUGAAACAAAGAGAAGCCAUGGAAGUCAAUUCAAAGAGAUAGAGCAAAUCCACACCCUCACACAAAUGACAAUCAACUCUACCCCCUCAGAAUGCAAUGAGACCAUCGGUUCCUAAAUCCACCUCCCCCCGCACAAAACAACGAGCAUUGAACCCCCCAGACCCCCUACCCCCACACAAAAAAGGAGGAAAAAUAUGUAAUUAUAUCAAUACAACCGAAGGAGAACUAAUAUCUAUGCUCAACCCUUUAUCCACCCUUCCCAUAAAAUGCUGUCAAUAUUUUAAAAUCAGCUGCUCCACUGAGAGAAACAAGAACUUUUAUUCAUUUUUGUUAUUUUUACUGGUGAUGUUUUAGAUCCAUGCUGACCAAUUGUAUCGGUGUGUAUGUUUGAUAGACUGAGUGGCUACUAUCCGGUCAGGAUUUGUGUUUGAUAGCUUGAUUUAGUAUUGUGUUUCACACUUCAAUUAUAUAUAGGUUAAAACAUGCACCCAGCUAUAAUUCUAGUAACCAAGCAAAUUCAACAAGAAUUCAUGUGAUAUCUUUGUAUAGUUUUGUAAAGUGAUUAUAAUUAUUUUUUUUAAAUCAAUAAAACUGGUUGUAAUGUGGUUUUAAUCAAAUGUGUCUGAGUUAU